AUGUUUCUUGACACUCUCCUGAAUGGUCUUAAUGUGCUCAGCCAUUUUCUCUACAGCAACACUCUUCCCCGAGAACUUCGGCGGAGUCAAUAUGACUACAAGUCUGAAUGCCGGACAGGUCUUAAGGACCAUUCUGAGUGCCUUAUGCAUUGCUGUAUCUACACGCCUUUGCAGCCAAUGAACAUUGAUCCACCAAAGCUGGAGUCGGUACCUGAGGGCAGUCAACCUGCUAUAAAGAGAGUCGGCAGCUCAACCUCUGUUUCUGGGAAAAGAAAUAAGGCUAAAUCGGUGUGGGAAUUCCUGAAGCCGCUGGGUCUUCGAGGCUAUUCAUUUAUAUUCGAAGAUGAGGACAUUGAUAUGCCACGUCUUGCAAGCAUGACUGACGAGGAUCUCAAGAAGAAAGGGUUACCGAAGAUGAAACUAGUUGGAAAAUUGUGGUCAACCUUCCUUGAGGCUUUACAAAAUCACCCUAACCACCCUUCUUCCCGUCAAUCAACUAGGGACCAAGAGAGACGAUACUUUUGGCAUUGAAGUCAAAGGACACAAACUAGAGGGCAGCGGAGGAUGGCUCCUUUGUGCCUCUGGUGGUGUUUGUGGAGGGAGCGCAAUAAAAGAGCUUUCAAGGGACAGGAAUCUUCGGGUGCUGCUCCCAAAUCUUCUGUUAUUAAUUCCCUUUCUUUUUGGGGUUCGGGUUGUUAUUGUUACUCCCCAACGGAGACUAUUGAUUUUCUGGAUUCCUUGGGGCCUUAGGUCCCUGCUUUUUAUUGUAUCUGGGAUGCGUUGAACACUUUUUAUUAAAUCUUAUUUACUCAUCAAAAAAAAAAAAAAGGACACUUCGAGUUGACUAGGUUUGCUUGUUUUGGUCGAGGUGUCAAUGUUUUGGACUAACAUCUGAAAACUCAGCAGGCCUGUUUUAUAACAUGAUAAACGAUUUCGUACUUUGAACUGCCAUUUUGGGACCAGGGGAAAGGAAUGAAGUGUUUAAAGGUUUAGUACAAGACUCUUAGAGAUUCAUUUGACAUUUACAUGAUCAUUUU